AUGGAGAUCCUUUUUGUGUUCACACGCCAUACUUACAGCAAGAGCGGAGCUGGUCGCUACAGUGUCCGUAAUAUAAAACGAGCACCUAGUAUCUUGAGCCAUGCACGCUCGCGUGGUUCUCGCGUUCGCCGGCCCUUCACCAUCAUCCCUCAAGUGGCCAUCAGAAUGAAGUUGGUUAAUCCUAUUAUUACUCUAGCGGCUUUCGCUGUGCUGGAAGCCUUUGCUGCACCCCCUUUCCACCGGUCGUCUGGGGUUGGUUCUUCUAAAUUGGGACGGAGUAUACCAAAAACGCAUAUUCGACAUGAGAAAAGGACCGCAGUGCAAGAAAGGGCUUGGAUAAAGGUGGAAAGGGCAGUACCUGAUGCUAUUUUACCUAUGCGCAUAGGCCUGAAGCAGCAGAAUCUUCAAUCGGGUCACGAUUUCUUGAUGGAUAUAUCGAACCCCAAAUCAAAGAACUAUGGCAAACAUCUCUCAGCAGAAGAGGUUGUUAAGUUCUUCGAGCCCGCCGAAAGAGGUGUCAAAGCAGUGAAAGACUGGCUGGUCGAGGCAGGGAUUCCUUCCGACGAUAUCUCACAGUCUAGUAACAAACAAUGGAUACAAUUUGAUGCGCCCGUUAGCAAGGUAGAAGACCUCUUGAUGGCAGACUACCACGUGUGGGAACACGUCGAUACGGGUGCUAGGAAUAUUGCCUGUGACGAAUAUCACCUCCCGAAAGGAGUGAAAGAACAUGUUGAUUAUAUUACGCCUGGUAUUGCGCUGCUUGGCUACGGAAAUACGCAACAGCCCCCAUCAAAGAAACGAAGGGAGACUAGCGUAGGUCCUAUCCACCGUUUAAGUCAACCGGUUGACGAGAGUGAGCUUGCCGGGCUCAAGAGUGAGAGAAGCAAGAAUAAUCUCUCCCCCCUUAAACGGACCACGGGUCCGAAUGUGGAGGGGCCUUUACGCUUUGCGACACCCGUGGAGCCCGCAGAUGCAGCAAGUGGAAAUUUCACGCUGCCUGGUGGCUGUGACCGAUAUGUCACACCGGAUUGUAUCAGGGCUUUAUAUGGCAUCCCGAAAGGGGCGAAGAAACACCCGGAUAAUAAAAUGGGAAUCUUCCAAUCCCUCGGACAACACUAUACACAACACGACCUCGAUACAUUCUUCUGGAGCUUUACGGAUGACAUCCCGAACGGAACACAUCCUGAACUCUUUUCCGUGGACGGCGGGCAAGGUCCGACGAGGAACCUCAGGUUGGCAGGUUCGGAAGCGAACCUCGACUUCCAGAUGGCGUAUGGGCUGAUCUGGCCGCAAGAGCCUGCGCUGUACCAGGUCGAUGACGAGUGGUACCAGACUAACUACGAGUUCGACCCAGAGUCAUACAUGGGGUUUUUCAACAACCUCUGGAACGCAAUCGACGGCAGCUACUGCACCUUCGAGGCGUACGGCGAAAAAGGCAAUUGCAAACGUCCCGAGUGUCGGGACCCCGAGUACCCGAAUCCGCACGACCGCGCCGGGUAUAGCGGGCCGUUGAUGUGCGGCGUGUACGAGCCGACAAACGUCAUCAGCAUCUCGUACAGCGGAGCCGAGAUCGAUCUCCCGGCGUCGUACCAGCAGCGCCAGUGCGCCGAGAUCAUGAAGCUCGGCUUGCAAGGCUCGACGGUCGUCAUCUCGUCGGGCGACGACGGCGUCGGCGGCUUCUCCUCCCCCGCAGCGCCUACCGGCUGCUUGGGCCCCGCGCGCGACGUCUUCAACCCGCAGUUCCUCGCGAGCUGUCCGUAUAUCCUCACGGUGGGAUCGACCGUGCUGCAAAGCAAUAGGACCCCCGGCGUCGACCCCGAGGAGGCGACGGACAGGUUCCGGUCUGGCGGGGGAUUCUCCAAUAUCUACGACGCGCCGGAUUACCAAAAGGACAUCGUGAGCAAGUACCUCGAGAAGGCCAAGCUUCCGUUUGAGGGGUACGAAGGCGGCGGCGCUAACUAUAGCAACGUUCACGCUGGAAAAGGACACUUCAACAAGUUGGGAAGAGCGUAUCCGGACGUCUCGGCUAACGGGGACCACUUCGUGAUUUCGAGCGGCGGCGAGCUGCUGAGCAUCGGCGGCACGUCGGCUUCGGCGCCGCUUUGGGGGUCGGUGAUUACUCUGAUCAACGAGGAGCGGUUGGCUGCUGGGAAGAGCCCGGUCGGGUUCGUUCACCAGGUCUUGUAUUCCCAUCCUGAAGUCUUCAACGACAUCACGAAGGGCGAUAACAGGGCGUGUAAGACCACGGGUUUCCCGGCUACCGAGGGCUGGGAUCCUGUGUCUGGAAUGGGUACACCGAAUUACCCCAAGCUUUUGGAGCUUUUCUUGAGCUUACCGUAG